GUCCUGGCACGACAAGGAAGUCGUGGCACCCAAUCUGCAGAAGCUGCUGGACGACGGUGUUAAGCUUAACUACAACUACGUACAGCCACUCUGUUCACCCACACGCUUUGCCAUUGUGACUUGUUACUAUCUUUAACACCUUGGAAGACAGAUGAGAGUAUGACUUAAUUUUGGACUUGGCCAUUGGUGGACAGAUGUAGAAGUGCUAGGAAUAAGUUUCGUCAUCUGCGGCGUAGACCACGAAGACAGGACAAAUGAGGGAGGCUGCGUGGUGGUGUUUGCUACUGUGGGCAGUUUGUGGUGAUGCCAGACAAACAACACACCAACCCAACAUUGUGUUUAUCAUAUCUGAUGACCAAGGUUUUGCUGACGUGUCAUGGCACGACAAGGAAGUCGUGACACCCAACCUGCAGAAGCUGCUGGACGGCGGUGUUAAACUUAACUACAACUACGUACAACCACUCUGUACACCUACACGCUCUGCCCUUAUGACUGGCUACUAUCCUUACCACCUUGGAAGACAGAAAGGUGUGAUUACCCCCACCACACCCACCGGGCUGACACUUUCCAGAACUCUUCUGCCAGAGAAACUUCGCGACCUUGGGUACAGAACUCAUGCCAUCGGCAAAUGGCACUUGGGCUUCUGUGACUGGGACUACACACCGACAUACCGCGGGUUCGACACGUUCUAUGGCUAUUACAAUGGGAUGGAGGAUUACUACACACAUACUAGACAAGGAGGAUAUGACUUCAAGGACAAUAAACUCACGUCCUGGGAAGAAAACGGUACCUACUCCACGUUCUUGUUUGGAGACCGAGCAGUGAAGGUCAUUGAGGAGGAAGCUGCAAGAUCUGGUCCAUUUUUUCUCUACCUGCCACUUCAAAGCGUACAUUCACCUCUUCAGGUCCCGGAUGAGUACCUCGACUACUACCCGGAAGGCUCCAAUCAAGUCCUCUUGGGGAUGGUGACGGCAAUGGACGAUGUAGUUGGGAAAGUGGUGGAGGCGCUGCAUUCCACUGGGCAGGACGAUAACACCAUAAUCAUCUUCACCUCUGACAACGGUUCUCCUAAUACAGGAAGGAACGCGCCUUUAAAGGGCUAUAAAGGGAGCCUGUGGGAGGGCGGCACCCGCGUCCCUGGCCUGAUCUAUAGCCCCCUUCUGGAAAGCACGCCCCGAGAGUACAACGGUCUACUGCAUGUCACCGACUGGCACAACACCCUCCUGGCCAUCGCCGGGAGCGACGCCCUAACAGAUGGUGAUGGCUUCAGCCAAUGGGACGCACUGAGGACGGGCCAGGCACCCUCGCCAAGGGAUUCAUUCAUCUAUAACCUUGACGUAGAUUUUGACGAGCCCAGCGGCGCUAUAAGGGUUGGCAACUACAAGUUUUUUCUGGGGGCAAACACUCAAGAUCCCAAGGACUGGCUCUCUGACCUUGAAGAAGACCCGAACGAGACUACUAAUCUCGUGCAGGAACGGCCUGAUAUAGCGGCGGAACUGAAGGAACUACUACUGGCCCAGUUAGCGAGCCUCGUGCCUCAUGACACUCCGCCCAAUGACAAUGCAGGGAACUCAGACAACUGGGGUGGGAUCUGGGAGCCAGGAUGGUGCACGGCUCACUAAGCCUCCACUUGCAUCGCAAACCUCAGACUUCAAGAAGAGGCGAACCAUUCAAGAUUUUCAACAAUAAAACAGUUUCCCUAAUCUCA